CCAAAAAUAAUAGAUAAGUAACAUAUUGAGAGGAGUGAGCAGGUUUAGACACAAUGGUACACCCAGUUGCUGAAGCCAACGAUCAUAGCCCCUUCGGUACCCUCACUCCGGACGAGUUCUACGCUCACCACUCAGUGAGUCACGGUUCCGAAUUUGUAACCAACCCUAGAGGCCUCAAACUCUUUACGCAGUGGUGGAUCCCCCAGCCUCCAACUAACAUCAUCGGGACCAUCGCCGUCGUCCACGGCUACACCAGCGAGUCCAGCUCGUUUAUCCAACUAACCGCCGUUUACUUUACCAAGGCCGGAUUCGCCACGUGCGCUAUCGACCACCAGGGACACGGUUUCUCCGACGGUCUAAUCGCUCACAUCCCUGACAUCAAUCCCGUGGUCGACGACUGUAUCACGUUCUUCGAAUCAUUUCGCUCUCGCUUCAAUUCUUCGUUGCCUUCUUUUCUCUACUCGGAGUCUCUUGGCGGAGCUAUCGCGCUUUUAAUCACUCUCCGCCGUAGCGGAACUCCGUGGAACGGCGUCAUUCUCAACGGGGCUAUGUGUGGAGUCAGCGCCAAGUUCAAACCACCGUGGCCGCUGGAACACUUUCUCUCAAUGGCAGCUGCGAUAAUUCCGACUUGGUGCGUCGUUCCUACGCGCGGUUCGAUUCCUGAAGUUUCUUUCAAGGAGGAGUGGAAGAGGAAGCUUGCAAUUGCGAGUCCGGGGAGGUCGAUGGCGCGUCCACGCGCUUCAACUGCACAGGAAUUGUUGAGGAUUUGCCGUGAGCUGCAGGGAAGGUUCGAAGAAGUGGAGGUGCCGUUUCUGAUUGUGCAUGGAGCCAACGACGUCGUUUGUGAUCCAGUUUGUGUGGAGGAGUUGUACUCACGCGCCACUAGUAAAGAUAAGACGCUGAAGAUAUAUGAUGGGAUGUGGCACCAGUUGGUCGGGGAGCCGGAAGAGAAUGUGGAGUUGGUGUUUGGUGAUAUGUUGGAAUGGCUUUACAAACGCGCCACCGUGUGCGGUACUAAUUAGAUGGUGGGAUAACCUGUCAGUUUACAGGUCAAUAUAAAUAAAUACUAUCCUUAGAUGGUGGGAUAAUCUGUCAGUUUACAGGUCAAUAUAAAUAAAUACUAUCCUUCUUUUUCUUCCGUUAAAUUAAUAUAUUUGAAUAUUUAAUAA